AUGUUUGUGGAGGAGCAUGCAUGCAGCCAAGUUGCAAAACUAUAUAAAGUAGACGAAGCCCAUAACGUCCUCUCUUCUCACAGUCACCAUGGAAAUGAGACGACACUCGAGAUAUAA